UGCUGGCGGAGCACCCGGGGAAAGCGUUGGCCAAGGCAGAGCCAAGCAGCUCCUCCGUCUCUGCUCGGGUGACCUCGCCGUCCCCGCUGCCGUCACGCGCGGGUGGCUGUGCUGCUGCGUGGGGGGAGCCCCGCAGCGGGGCCGACGGCCUGAGCUGGGGCAGGCGGGAGCACCGGGGAUCCCAUAAUGGCUCCUUUCAUCCAGAGGCUGUGGCCGGCAUCCAGGGCUGAGUCAAGCCCGGCUGGCUCGGCUGCGUAAGUCCUCACGUCCGAAGCCUUGUGGGAUCCCUGCAGCCCCCCUGGUGCCCAGCAGGCCAUGGAGGAGGAAGAGGAAGCCAUAGGGUACCUGGAUAAAGUCCUGGAGGAUGAAGAUGACUCUGAGCCAGGAACCCCCACCAGUCCCGGGUCUCCAUUCUCGGCCAGUGAGAAGGGCGAGCGAGAUGCUGGCAAAGGGCUUGAGAUGCGGAAGCUGGUGCUCUCCGGCUUCCUGGCCAGCGAGGAGAUCUACAUCAACCAGCUGGAGGCACUCCUGUUGCCCAUGAAGCCGCUGAAGGCCACAGCCACUACAUCACAGCCCGUCCUCACCCUGCAGCAGAUUGAAACCAUUUUCUACAAGAUUCAGGACAUCUACGAAAUCCACAAGGAGUUCUAUGACAACCUGUGCCCCAAGGUGCAGCAGUGGGACAGCAACAUCACCAUGGGCCACCUCUUCCAGAAGCUGGCCAGCCAGCUCGGGGUGUACAAGGCCUUUGUGGAUAACUACAAAAUUGCUCUGGAAACAGCUGAGAAGUGCAGCCAUAGCAAUAACCAGUUCCAGAAGAUCUCUGAGGAACUGAAGGUGAAAGGCCCCAAGGACUCGAAGGAGAGCCACACGUCCGUCACCAUGGAGGCACUGCUGUACAAACCCAUUGACCGUGUCACCCGGAGCACCCUUGUUCUGCACGACCUCCUCAAGCACACCCCGUCUGACCACCCCGACUACCCACUGCUGCAGGACGCCCUCCGCAUCUCACAGAACUUCCUCUCCAGCAUCAAUGAGGACAUCGAUCCCCGGAGGACAGCGGUCACCACUCCCAAGGGGGAGACCCGGCAGCUCAUCAAGGACGGCUUCUUGGUGGAGCUGUCAGAGGGCUCGCGGAAGCUGCGGCACGUCUUCCUCUUCACCGACGUGCUGCUCUGCGCCAAGCUGAAGAAGACAGCCGUGGGGAAGCACCAGCAGUACGACUGUAAGUGGUACGUGCCCCUGGCCGACCUGGUGUUCCCCUCACUGGAGGAGUCGGAGCACUGCCCUCAGGUGCACGUCAUCCCCGACCACGAGCUGGAGGACAUGAAAAUGAAGAUCUCAGCCAUCAAGAGUGAGGUGCAGAAGGAGAAAGCCAACAAAGGGCAGAGCCGUGCCAUUGAGCGCCUCAAGAAGAAGAUGUUUGAGAAUGAGUUCUGGCUGCUCCUCAACUCGCCAGCCAUUCCCUUCCGCAUCCACAACCGCAACGGAAAGAGCUACUUGUUCCUGCUGUCCUCUGACUACGAGAGGUCCGAAUGGAGGGAGGCCAUUCAGAAACUGCAGAAAAAAGACCUCCAAGCCUUUGUGCUGAGCUCGGUGGAGCUGCAGGUGCUGACAGGGUCCUGCUUCAAGCUACGCACUGUCCACAACAUCCCGGUCACCAGCAAUAAGGAUGACGAUGAGUCCCCUGGGCUCUAUGGGUUCCUGCACGUCAUCGUCCACUCUGCCAAGGGCUUCAAGCAGUCAGCCAACCUGUACUGCACACUGGAGGUGGAUUCCUUCGGCUAUUUUGUCAGCAAAGCCAAGACCAGGGUUUUCCGGGACACAACAGAGCCGCAGUGGAAUGAGGAGUUUGAGAUUGAACUGGAAGGCUCCCAGUCCCUGCGCAUCCUCUGCUAUGAGAAAUGUUACGACAAGACCAAGCUCAACAAGGACAACAAUGAAAUCGUGGACAAGAUCAUGGGCAAGGGGCAGAUCCAGCUGGACCCGCAGGCUGUGCAGACCAAGAACUGGCACAUGGACGUGAUUGAGAUGAAUGGGAUCAAGGUGGAGUUCUCCAUGAAGUUCACGAGCAGAGACAUGAGCCUCAAAAGGACCCCAUCUAAAAAGCAGACCGGAGUCUUCGGGGUCAAAAUCAGCGUUGUGACAAAGCGUGAGCGCUCCAAGGUGCCUUACAUUGUGCGCCAGUGCAUCGAGGAGGUGGAGAAGAGAGGCAUUGAGGAGGUCGGCAUCUACAGGAUCUCCGGUGUCGCCACGGACAUCCAGGCACUGAAGGCUGUCUUUGAUGCGAAUAACAAGGACAUCCUGGUGAUGUUGAGUGACAUGGACAUCAACGCCAUCGCCGGCACGCUCAAGCUGUAUUUCCGGGAGCUGCCUGAGCCCCUCCUCACUGACAGACUGUACCCUGCCUUUAUGGAGGGCAUUGCCCUCUCGGAUCCUGCUGCCAAGGAGAACUGCAUGAUGCACCUUCUCCGCUCACUGCCUGACCCCAACCUCAUCACUUUCCUCUUCCUGCUGGAGCACUUGAAAAGGGUAGCGGAAAAGGAGCCCAUCAACAAAAUGUCCCUCCACAAUCUGGCCACAGUCUUUGGGCCAACACUGCUGAGACCUUCAGAGGGGGAGAGCAAAGGACACCUCACCCUGGCAUCGGACAUCUGGUCCCACGAUGUGAUGGCCCAGGUCCAGGUCCUUCUCUACUACCUGCAGCAUCCUCCCAUCUCCUUCACGGAGCUGAAACGCAACACACUUUACUUCUCCACGGACGUGUAGCCCGCAGGGAGGAGGCACCGGCUGCAAACACUCCCAGCUCCCUGCCAGGGCCAUGGACCGGAUCGCGGCCCCUGAGGACAUCAGCCUGGACCCGAGAUGUGCUGCCUGCAGCUCCUGUACAAUCGUGUACUGAUGGCCUGGUGCCGCCCCAGCGCCGUGCCGCUCUGUAAAGUAGUCGUGUCUUAUGUCCCUUCUUGUGUUCAAGAAUUGUUUUUAUGUAUAUUUGUUCAACGGAUGAGGUAGUGACUGACAAGGGCUGUGGACACAGGCUUCUCCUUUGGCUUACUUUCUCCUGGAUUCCUUCCCACCCGCUACUCCUGCCCAGCAGCCCUCAUCUCACCCUGCUCAAAGCCUGCAGCACCCACCAGUGCCCAGCUGCUGCUUGGCUCCAGUUCUGCUCUGCCUCGCUGCCUGCGCCGUUGGACCCCCCGCCUGGAUCUGGCUCUGCAUCCAUGAGAGCACAAAGCAGAGCACUGCUGCCUCCCCACCACAUCCCUGCUGGGUGCUUCAGGCCAGUCUCCUUGCUCCCUGUGCUCCACCUGCAGGGGUGCAGCAUGGUGGUUACCUCCUUUGGUGUUCUGCAGGUCUCACAAUUUCCCCCUCACAGGGUCUAGGAUCUAGGCCUUGUUCUUGCCAAGCAAGAGUAUUUCCCUGCCAUUUCUGUAUCCCUGCCUUAGCUCUGCACGUGCCCCUUCCAGCCAAGCACUGCCACUGGGUUACCAACCCCUGGGCUGCAAUGCACUGCAGCUCCAUCUGCGUUCCACAACAAAGCUGGCCGAAGCCCCAGUGAGGAAGGGGAGGUUUUGUUCCCCUCCGUGGCCUAGGGAAAGGAGGAGGAAAGCCCCUGUGGGCUCCGUUGGCUCUCACUCUGGAGGCAGCAGUGCUUCUCACAAAGCUGCAUUAAUGGCUGUGUACCUGCCCUUACAGGUGGGUGCUGGUGCUUGCUGGGACACAAAGCCUCUGUUCUGUGAGCCCACUCUGUGUUAUCAUGGGGAAAGCCCCCUCCUCGAUUGCAGUGGCCCCACGCACUCCUGUGCCAAAGGAGAUGGAUGAGAGGUGACCAAGCAUGUCCCCACUACCAGCCUUGCCUUUACCCACCUGACUAUCAGACUGUUCCAGGUAGAGCCUGGCUGAUGCUCCAGGUAUGUCCCAAGCCCACCUCCCUGGGGAAGACAGCACCUGCCAGCCCCCCACCAGCAAAGCAACUACAGGAGGGGAGGUCUUUUGGUCUCCCUCUAAAGGGCUCACACUCCAGCCCCUGCUCCUCUUGACUACCAGCUAAACAGAAGGGAAACAGCAUAGCAGAAAAUAACCAGGCGUCUGUCUUGGCCCAGGACCCAGGAAGGAGGCCGAGCACUAGAUGUGACUGCACAACGGAUCCCUGUGCGUGUCUGAUUUGUUACAUGUGUCCAAGUCUCUGUCCACCAUAGUGUCAUUCCAGAUGGAGGCUGUGUACAGCCAAAUCCCCCUGUGUGAUGGUGGCCGGGGACCACUCCGCACAGCCCCGGCACAGCAGGUGGCAGCUGUCCCUGUGAUGGGCUUUGUCCCCACAGGAGGGGAAGGCAGGGGGGUGAACUUUUGCAGCUACAGGUAGAAUAGAACUGUUAAUUAAUAUUUGACUUUCAGAAGUUGUUAAGGAUAUAUUUUUGUUUGUGUUCUGUUUCAAUUUCUGUAGAUUAUAAACUUUAAAUGGCUGUAAACCAUGUGAAGAGGAAAAAAAAAAACCUGUUAAUAAAAACGCAAAGCCCCAACAUUUGCACAAAA